AUGGAACACAAAGAGAAGGAAAUGUCUAACCGAACGUUCAUAACUGAAUUUUUGCUCUUGGAGUUCACAGAUCUGCGAGAAUUUCAGAUUGUUCAUUUCAUCGUCUUCCUGGCUUUGUACUUGACUGUGGUUGCAGGAAAUCUUCUGAUCAUCUCUGUGAUAGCUCUCGAUCAACAUCUUCACACCCCCAUGUACUUCUUUUUGAUGAACCUAGCCGUAACAGACCUUGGCUCCAUUUCUGCCACCAUCCCCAAAUCCAUGCUCAAUUCCCUUAUGAAUACUAGGUUGAUUUCCUAUUCUGGCUGUGUCGUGCAAGUUUAUUUUUUUCUGCUGUUUGCAGCAUUAGACUGCACCCUUCUCACAGUAAUGGCCCAUGACCGAUAUGUAGCUAUCUGCAACCCACUUCGCUAUGAAACUAUUAUGAAUAAAGGAGCAUGCAUUCAAAUGGCAGCCAGCGCAUGGCUUAGCAGCCUUCUCUAUGCUAUGUUGCACACGGCUACCACCUUUGCCAUGAAAUUCUGUUCCAAUAUUGUUGACCAGUUUUUCUGUGAGAUCCCACAACUAGUUAAGAUCUCUUGCUCUGAUUUAUAUUUAGUUGAAAGCAUACUUUUGAUAUUCGGCGUUGCAGCAGCAUCAGGCUGCUUUGUGUUUAUAGUCGUAACAUACAUACAGAUCUUCACUACAGUACUCAGAAUCCCUUCAUCCCAGGGGAGGCAAAAGGCCUUUUCCACCUGUAUUCCUCAUCUCGUUGUUUUCUCCAUGUUUCUAUUUGGUGGCAUGCUUGUCUACCUGAGACCGAUACCCCACCCCUCUCCACAUACCAACUUGGCAUUUGCCAUCAUAUACUCUGUAAUCCCACCCAUGAUGAACCCUGUAAUCUACAGCAUGAGAAACAAGGAGAUAAAGCUUGCAAUGUGCAAACUUUUACACUUGAAGUAG